AUGUUACAAAACAAAGUGAUUGAUGAAUGUACAGAUCCUCCCUAUGUCCCUGAUAAAGGGAAGAGGGUAUCGGUAUGGUAUAGCUAUGGCAUUUCAAGGUUUGCAUUUAUAGGCUGUAAGAAAAUACUGGAAGAAGAAAAGAGCAAGAUGGUUAUCAGAGUUGAAAUGUUCCCAAAAUUUACCCGAGAUAUUGCUUUCAGGAUCCUUGAAGAUAUAAAAAAUGUCAAACACAGAGCUAUUCAAGAUGUAGAAGAUGACCUGAUUGAGGAUACUCGAAUUUAUGUGUGUGACAUCAAUCCAAACAUGUUGAGUGUUGGUAAGAAGAGGGCUGAAGAUAGAGGUUUUGGACGGGACAAAUCCCUCACUUGGGUAGAGAUAGAUGCAGAAGCCUUGAACUUCGAAGGCAACUCAAUGGAUGGUUACACAAUUGCUUCUGGUAACUGGAAUGCUAUACACAUAGAGAAGGUUCUUGCAGAAGCAUAUAGGGAAUUCCAGAAAUACUUUUCCCUGGUUCAUAAAAGGGGAGGAAGGUUUCUUUGCCUUGAACUAAGCCACGUCGAUAUCUCGGACUUUAGGAACUUGUAUUAUGUGUACUCAUUUUCAGUCAUCCCAGUUGUUGGUGAGCUUGUGACAAUGUACUUUGUCAUCUCAGUAAGGCGAUACUGUAGUCGUGAUGUAUUUGCCAAAAUGAUUGUAGAAGCUCGACUUCCGAAGGUAGAAUACGAGAGCCUUGUUGGUGGAGUUGCCGCAAUCCAUUCAGGGCUGAAGUUUUAG